AUAGCGACUAAAUAGCGGUUUUUUUGAUGCCAACUUCGAGGGCCAACACUCAUUUCUAUUGUAAGAUACUGCUUGAAAUUGAUUCUUUUGCAAGUUAACUCCGGAUUUAAUUUUAUUUAAAAAGCUUCAAAUUUAUUAUAUUAUAUGUUGCCAUUCUCUCAAUCAAUCGUUUCCUUCAAACGCUCAAUUAACUAUAGUCCCUUCAGCCAUCCUGUGAUAUUUGUAUCAUUUAAUAAUCCCAUCUUCAUUUCCGACUAUUCUGCGGGAUUUUGUAAGAAAAAGGGCCUCCCUUUUCCCCUCUGAGCUUCUAUAUUUGAACGGAAUGACAAGCCUAGCUGCUUGACUGCCAGCAGGACAGUGAGCUGCUAGUAGUCCUUUUGCAGUGGAUAGGUUGAUCCUCUCCUGUGUGCUGAGUUGUCGUGUCCAGCUUUGUCCUUGCACACUUGUUGACUCCUUUCCCGUCAAAAGCUUUAAGAGAGUCAAACGUAGGAUUCUGUGCUUAUCAGAAACCAUUUGUGCGCGGGUACCCUUUCUGACGAGGUCCUUUGCGUUGCAUUUGGCUUCAACGUUCUCUCUUGAAAACCACAAUGGAACUGUUUGCCUUUUGAAUGUUUUAACGUCAUUCGACUACUAUCCAGUGCCGUUUUAGUGUCGUAUUUAGUGAACUAAUCAUGGCAUUCAAUUAUUUUCAACCACUGUUCAUUGCGCUCCUUUCCACUCCCACUCGAGUGACAUUUCCCCAAACACUUACGAGUAUAUUUGUGUCAGUUUUGUUCGCAAACUCUCAAUUUGCCGCUAACUCGCGGCAGAGGCAAUUAUGUCGAGCGCGAGCGUUUGCCAGUUACCACUAAUUACAGCAACUAUCAGCAGCAGCAGCAACAACACUAACAAUCGCGUCAGCGACAAAGCCAAAUUAUCAACGCAAGUUAUCGGGUGAAACUAUCAAGCAACGACCGCGCAAACACACGCUCCCACACACUAUUUAAUACAAUUACUGCAUUCUGAUUUGGUUUUAGCGGCGACGACGACGGCUUCAUUUGUUCAAUUGUGUGGGGCAGAGUGUGGGGCGACCACAACAAAGAGGCGGCAGCAGCAGUAACAGCAGCAGCAGCAGUAACAGCAGCAGCAGCAGCAGCAGCAACAGGGCCAUGAAUGAAAUUAGGGCGGAACAAAAAGUUCCCUGCCUCGGCCAGCGUCAUUUGCAGGCUUCGCUUCUCUUCAUCGGACUGGCAGUGAACACCAUAUUGCAAUACAAUGUGGGCGUGGCAGUGGUGGCCAUGACAAAUUCCACCCCCAGCAGUGGACAAAUACCACAUUACAACUGGACGGAGCCGCAAAAGUCGUACAUUCUCUCGAGCUUCUACUGGGGCUCCACUCUGACUCAGUUUCCCGGCGGUUACUUGUGCAAGCGCUUCGGCGCCAAGACGGUGCUCCUAUGGGGCAGUCUCGGAUCAGCGCUUCUAAGUGCUGCAACACCUCAUGGGGUGUACGCGGCCGGUUGGCGCGCCUACUGCCUCAUCCGAGUGCUGCAGGGUCUGUGUCAGGGCGUGACGUUGCCCUGCGUACACCAGCACCUGGCUAACUGGGCUCCUCUGAAGGAGCGCACACGGUUGGGCGCUUUCGCCUACACAGGCUUCGACUGCGGCAAUGUGCUGGCCAUGUAUGCAGCAGGCCUGUUGGCGAGCUCUCAGCUGGGCUGGCCUGGCAUUAGCUAUGUGUCGGCCAUUUUGGGGUUUGUUUGGUGCUUGCUCUGGUUGCUCCUAGGCAUCAAUCGGGCCAGCAACGCCCGCUGCAUAUCUGAGGUGGAACGUUCCUUCAUAGUGGGGGAUGUGCAGCGCAGUGAACGGCAGCAGCGACGCCUCCCGAUUCCAUGGCGGUGUAUCUUCCGAUCGGCGCCAUUCUAUGCCUUGCUGUGUGCGCGCUGCGCCGACACCUGGGGCCUGGCGACAAUGCAGGCGGAGCUGCCCGCCUAUUUAAGAGGCGUUCUCCAGCUGGACAUGAGGAGCAACGCCCUCUACUCCGCACUGCCCUUUUUGCUGAUGUGGGCCAUGUGCUAUGUCUAUUUGAUCGUCGCAGACCUGGCCCUGCAGUGUCGCUGGCUAAGUCUGACAGCGCUUCGAAAGAGUUUCAAUAGCAUUGCGCUGUGGACGCCCGCCUGCAUCCUCAUUGCCCUCGGGUUCGUUGAGUCUGACCAGAGGCCGCUGGCCCUAGUCUUGGUAACGCUUAGUGUAGGCGUGAGUAGUGCAGCGACUAUUGGCAGCGAGCUUAACACGAUUGAUUUAUCGCCAAACCACGCCGGCAUACUGGCGGGCAUUCUCAGCACCUUCACCAAUGUGGUGGCGCUCAUAACGCCGCUGGUGGUGGGCGUGCUCGUGGAACGACAAACGGAGCGCGGCGAGUGGCAGCUGGUGUUCAGCAUUGCCGCCCUGGUGCUCUUCGCGGGCAAUGUUGUCUACCUGAUUUGGGGUACGGCAGAGACCCAGAAAUGGGAUGCUGUCAGCGAGGAGGAGGAGCAGCCUGAGGCGAAGGUUUUCGAGGAUGCCAGGCUGGAAAUUUUACUUAACAAAGCAUCAGCGUUUAGUAAAUAAAUACCAAUUCUCACUAUUGAUAA